CACUCCUCCACAGGCAUUCAACACAUCCUGCUAUCAAGGAUGUAGGCUGCGUGAGUGUUUGAGUGUUUGAAUGUUGCUGAUAUGACCGCCUGGCGCUUCCUCUCUCAACAUGCCUGUGGCGAUGCGCCUCGCUGUGCUGGUGUCUCUGUUCACGGUGGCAGUCUACGGCGACGACACCACUUCCCUUGGAGUUGAACAGACAACCACAAGUACUGAAGACCUCACCAGCUCGGGGAGUUCAUUCUCAACCACAACCAUCACAUCGCUGAGUCCCGCUACAACAGGCCAGAUCACCUCUGUAGUGACUUCAUUUUCACAACUCCCCAGCUCACCCGCUUCAUCCACAACCACAACCAACACUUCACAGGAUCCCACUACAACACACCAGAUCACCUCUGUAGUCACUUCGUCUUCACACCUCACCAAUUCACCCACUUCAUCAACAACCAACACGUCUCAGAACCACACAACAACGCAGCAGGCGACCUCAGCUGUCACUCCAACUUCACCGCAAACACCCAACAGGACAGAGGAAACUUAUUCGAGCACUACCUCUCAAACUACAACCACCAACCAGACGACAAACGCGACGGUUUCCCAGGAAUCAGCUCUCCCGACGAUAUCAGAACCAGCAAAAUCCACCACAACCGACGAUGCAGCUCUUUCACCGAACUGGGAAGAAGAUGACUUGAAAGACAACCCCGGCCUCGUGGCCAUCAUUUGCAUCUUCUGUAUCAUCGUCGCUCUCGUGCUCGUGGUAAUCACAGUGAAAUGUAUCCGAUCACCGAGGGCCAACUUCGAGAGGCUUGAAGAUGUGCCUAUGGGAAAAGUGAACGAGGAGUCUCCUUUCGCCCUGUAUUCAAAAUGACAGAAGAUGCUUCAUCGGACAACAAACAACAGGGGGAGUCCAGUCAGCUGUACAACCUGGAUGUUUCUGCACAACAAACAAACAAAAAAAACAAAAAACACUCUCCACCUGCAAUGAUCCCAACUUUAAGUACACUCGCAGAGCAGGUUUUAUGUGUGUUUCAGGCUUUCACCUCUUUACGUUGCACUUUUGUCAAUGCCAGUGGAGUAUUUCCGCCUCAGGUUUGACCUUUGACUUAUUUAUUAGACUGCUCGUAAUCCAUUUGAUUUAGAUGCCUGAUCAGUUAGCUCCUGCACGCAUUCUUCCUCCUCUAAGCAAGCACUUAUGGUUCAUAUCAUAUCUGUCACAUUAAGUUUCCCUCUUAAGUUUGAAUAUGCAUGCAGAUUGGUGUCAUCAACAGUACACAUAUAGAUGUGUGAAUCUCAGUGUUUACAUAAAAAACAAUUUGGGACAAAUACUGUAGAAACAGCAAAUUGAAAGGACUUGUGCUCAUAUGAGUUAUAGUUUACAUGUUUUAAACAUUAUGUCUUUUCUGACUUUAGGCCUCCUACACGGGCACAACAUUGUUCAGAAGUAAACUGGUUGAUUUAAUCCAGUUUCAGGAAGAACACCAAAAAAACACAAUUUAAUAAAAGUAUUAUGGCCAUGAAACACUGAGGGCUUUUAAAGCCUGAUUUUAAACAAUAGUCACGUGUCCAUGUGUGCACUAAAGUAUAUUUAGCGUCCUGUAAUCAUUCCUCCUGUUCAUACUGGCAAUGGCCACAUCUAUUUUCAGUUUGUCGAGGCGACAAAGUCCACAGGUUAUUUAGGACUAAUGUGCAGUCACGGCCGUUCCAAAUUAUUCAAAUCUAGUUGAUGUUUAUUUGUAAUGUAGUACACAUCCUGCAGCUCAACAGCUCUCUCUAUAAGCCCGUGACCUGACCAAGGGAGAAUAACCUAAAAAGAGGAGGAGGAAGACCUAAAGCUAGAAUUAAUUCCAAUAAAUGCAGGAACAAUUCUAGUUUAUCUCUCUGAACUUUCAAAUUCAAACAGUUUUGCAGAUCAUUAAAUAUAACUCUUGUUAAUUAGUUCAUUCCUGCAUUUACUCAAUAAUAAACUUGAACCAGGUUGCUUUUCCAUUUGUGUUCCUCCACACUGUAAUAACAGCUCGAUGCAAAAUAGAUUCACGGCACCGUGUGUAUUCAUUUACAUACCUCAAACAACUCUGUGGAACAGAGACACACACACAACCCCUGUCCCACAAGAAUGAAAACUUCCCGGGUUAAUCAUUUCAGUCACGUUUCUCUCAGUUAAUCGAUGCUUUUCUUUAAAUCAUUUUCUGUAUGCUAUACGCUUAUCGUUAAAAGUACAUAGUUGUGAUAUAAUAAAAUGAUUGUUCAUGCUUGAA